CUUGCUAAAAAAAACAUGCUCUCACCAUUUGAGAUUUAUUAAAUUUACAUACAUGCCUUUGUAUAGUGGCUUAAUUUUGAAAUUAUCAGUAUUAUUAAUGUAAAGCAUAAGCCUUUAAAUAGCCCUACCUGCAGUAUCAUAAUACCUCACGAAAUCAACCCUGCGUCAAGAAAACGAUAAAAAAAAGAAAUCAGCCGGGUGCAAUUGUGCUUAACUAGAACAAAUUAAAUUUAAUUAAGCAAAUUUAAUUAACAUCUGUCCUUAGCACAAAAAUUGUGAUCGCUAGUCGAGUGAAUACACUGUACCUUCUGUCAAGACUACUGGCACAAACUUCUCACAAUGUUUGAGGAUGCUGAGAAUUUCGCGGAUAUUUUCCGCGGUGGACUGCCCUAUCUCCUCAUUGCACUGCCGGUGAUACUUAUCUGUUCAGCUAAUCCUGUACUAGCUUCCAGUGAAUUCUCAGUGCAGCGUAUGUCACAGUUCGAUGUGAAUGGUGUAUCUUAUGGUUGCCGUGCAUCUGCAUUAUCACUAGAAGCAAAGUCUCUAUACACAUGGAGCACGGGCAGGCACUGUGUUGUUGCAAAAUUACAAGACAUAAGCAUUGAGCAGUUCCGCGAAAUUCGGCAAAAAGCCGGCGGACUUGUUAUAUUACUACCGAAGAAUGUCAGUGCAAUGACAUUUGAAGAAAAGGAGCACCUUAAUUUGCUCGAACAAUCAAUGCUCUCACAAGCGAAUUCUAUACCCAUAUACUUCUCACCCUACAAUGAAGAAUUGGAACGAGUAAUUUCGGAUGUGACCCGUACAAGCAGCAUUAAUAACGACGGCAAGGCUCAGCGAUCAUCGGCUGCUGCUGAAUUGUUUGCCUCUAUAUCAGCCAAUGGUUAUCAAGUUAUUGUAUCGGGUGCCAGUCAUACCGCCAGCAAGAAUAGUAAAAUACCCAUUAUACAAGGUGAACUUGCAGCUACAAGUAAGAUUUUGAAGCAAGUGGAAAAUGGCGGUGAAGCUAAUAGUAAAUUGCCUUUGAUUAUUAUUGCUGCGCAUCUCAAUACGUUCGGCUUGUACAAUGAAUAUCCUUUGAAUGCCGAUGCCGCUGUUUUGCUGACACUCGCAGAUGUAUUCAGCAAAUUGCAUAAUACACCAAAUGCAGUACCUAAAUAUCGACUACUCUUCCUACUUACUGAAUCUGGCACGCUAUUGAAUUUCCAGGGAGUUAAAAAAUGGCUUGAUGAGAAUGUUCAAUUGCAGGAGGACAUUGUGUCCAUUACUGGCACUUUGAUUGCGGCCAAAGCCACAACUAAUAUUAAAGAUGAGAACGUUGAUUUCGUACUAUGUUUAGAUACGAUAACUCAGGCUUUGAACGCUGAGGCUGGCAGUCUUUAUAUGCACGUAUCGAAGCCACCAAAAGAAGGCACUGCCAUGAACGAGUUCUUUAAGUUACUUAAAAUCAACGCAGCGCAGUAUGAAAAUAUCACCGUCGAUGGUGUACAUAAGAAAAUCAAUUUGGCUGAUCAACUGGUUGCUUGGGAACAUGAGCGUUUUAGCAUGAAACGUUUACCUGCAUUCACGAUAUCCGCAUUGAAAUCACCUAAAGAACCAAUACGUUCAACAAUAUUCAAAGAUUCGGAGGAGCGAAUAAUUGAACAAACACGAUUACAUGCCAAAAUUAUAGCUGAAUCGCUUGCACAUUACAUAUAUGGCAUUCAGGAGCCAAGUGAAAUUUUCGCUGACAAACUGCAAAUUCACCAUAAAAUGAUCAAAUUCUAUAUGCAAUUGAAAUCUGCGCUACACAAUAACGACCUGAAAAAUGCAUUUGAAAAGUAUCUAAAAAAUGUGAAAAUCAUGUAUGAUAAACCCGACACACGCGAUCCAGACUUUAUGUUGUACGAUGGCCAAGAGGCGCGUCUAAAUGUAUAUCAUGUCAAACCUGCCGUAUUUGAUCUCUUCCUAACAAUAAUCAUAUGUGCAUAUCUGGCAUCUGUGUACUUCUUCAUACAAUAUUUUCCUGCGAUGUACGAUACAGUUUGCAAACUGACAAAAGCACAGACGCAAGUAACGCAGUCGAAUUCCAAUAAUACUAAGUCAAAACUUAAUUAAAAAAAAAAAACAAAUGCAAUCUAACUUAAAAAAAAAACACAAAGCUUCAUCUACGAAUGUACAAAUGUACAGAGAUAUAUACAUGUAAUCUUCAUUACAUGUAUAUUAGGACAAUUUAAAGUGUACGAUCCAAAAAGUUGUAUAUCAUAAUGGGCGAAAAUGGAAGUUUUGUAUGAAUGCGAAUUAACUUUAUUUUAACGGGACUCGCAAUUCAAAAAAAAAGAAAGAAAUGCUAAAAUCGUUUAUGCAUUUUUAAUCGUUUACGUAAUUAGAUUUGAUAACGUAAGGUGAAAGGUUGUUAGAGUAAUGAAACAUUUUCAUUUGGUGGGAUAAGGUUUGUAGACAUAAAUAAUGGUUGGUUUCGCUCACAAUCUUGCUGAUUAAGUAUUAACGGUCAUUUAAUUAAUUUUGUCCUAAGAAAUUGUGCCAUUACUGCUGUUCACACCAUACAUUAGUGCAUCCUCACCAGUCACUGUUCAAAGGAAGAAAGUACUAUACAUAGUAGUAUAUUGAAGGCAUAUCGUAAGGCACACAUUUCCGAGUAAAGAAAUGCAUUUACCCGCUCUCCCGUACACAAUUAACAGCAGAGCCAAAAGCAAUAUUUAUAAAAAAAAAAAGAAAAAUACUUUCAAAUUGUAAUUAUAACAAUAAAUACGAGUACAUAUGUAUAUUAGUAGCUAAAUAAUUUUAAUUCCCAUUGUAUUAUGUGAGUAAGGCAUAGAAGAAAAUGUUAAAUAGCUUCAAUUAGUAAAAUGCAUGCCGGCAAUUGCUGGUUUUGAAAAUGUUUAUAAUUUCAAAUAUUACUUUCAAUAAAAGUCAAACCGACGACCAAACAAAUGUACUGUAA